AUGAAUCUUACCGACGAAUUCCGCCAUGAGCGCCUCAAGCUCUACGGCAACUUUAUGCGUCUCCUUCAGAUUCAGGGCGGCACGAAGAAGGACGUGAUCAGUCUCCGGAUCACCCAGUACGCCAUCCAUCGUCGCCCUCCUUACGCCGCCAUCUCCUAUACCUGGGGCCCCAAUCCGCAUGCCAACAAUGUGAGGCACCACCAUCACCAGCACCAAACUGGGAAAGCCAACGCCCAAGCGGCGGCGGUGGAAACGUACACGCGGCAGAUCCGGGUCAACGGGCGUCCAUUUCGCGUGCGCGUGAACCUGUGGAAUCUGCUGUAUCACCUGCGUCAACGCGGGGAGUCGAGGUUCCUCUGGGUCGACGCCCUGUGCAUCGACCAGGAGAAUUUGGAGGAGCGCAAUUUCCACGUCCAACGCAUGUCCGAGAUCUAUGAAAAGGCCGUCCUGACUUUUGUGUGGUUGGGCCUGCCGUCGGAGGACAGGAGGCAGGCCAGGGCACUCGAGUUCAUCAGCGAGAUGGCCACAUUUUGCAGGAAACAUCAUCAUCACCAUCAACAUCAGCCGGACCUGUCCUCCUCGGCUUUCCGUGCAAAGUACUUGGUCGAGGCCUAUGCGCACCGCUGGGCAAACUUGCUCGAACUCUGCAGGGGCAACUACUGGACCCGCACCUGGAUCAUCCAGGAGUUUGUCAGGGCGAGCAAAGUCCAAGUCCUUUGUGGCACUGCCAGUCUCGAUUGGAUCGACUUCGAGGACAUUGUCCGCGCCGUGCGCUCGAUCAUCUCCUCGCCAUCCUCAACCACAGCACCGUCGCUUACAUGUUCACCUGCCAUGCCGGCAUUCGUGCAACAAUUCACACAAACAAUCCCCUUCCGUCUGACGUCGCGGCGCGCCUCACACACGGCCUCGACGCUUGAAGACCUGCUCUUGGAAUUCUACGAUUCGAAAUGCGCCGAGCGCCGCGACAAGGUCUACGGCAUCUUGGGCAUCGCAGACGACUGCGGCGAAGACCCCGAGGGACCACCAGGAUCCUACCGCGGUCCUCAACCGGACUAUUCAAAGCAUAUCCUCGAGGUCCAUUUCGAGGUCUUUAGCUAUUUGAUGCAGCCAUCAUUAGCGACGCCGAGGUCCCGGUCGCCGAUGCAAGCCAUCUUUCUGGCUCAGCGCGCACUGGGCAUCACCCAGGCCGACGUGGAGAGCUACAUGGCGCUGCAGGCUAUACAGAAACCCGGCAAUGGCCAGGGUGUUAGUCUGUUGACUGGGAGACUGCGCGACUUCACCUACCCGCUGGUCCCGGACUACGUCAAUUUCAUCGACGAGGUACUUCCCGGGUGGACCAGCAUCCGCGAUCUGCGCCAGCGCCUCGAGCAGGUCGACUGGGCAAAGUACGUCGGGCACGAAGUGCGGAAAAGGUCGUCGACGAGGCCGUCUGCCGGUGGCACGCAGAAAAGCUCGAGUUCGACAACGUCCGUAACGAGUACAACGUCGUCGUCGACGGCGGGAACAGGUACCCCAACGGCAACUGGGGCGGGAACGGGGACAGCGUACAUACGCGCCCCGCUGCCGCCGGACAUGAUUGAGAAUGUCGUCCACGCCGCGUCGCAUAGCGAAGAGAUAUCGCAUUUGUACAACUACUCUCCACCACCACCAUCAUCAACUUCUUCUUCAGCAUCGUCGAAUACUCCUACUGCUGCUGCCGCUCCUCCUCCCAUGACAGGCCCUGGGAACGGAGCGACAAACUCACAUCCACUUCCAAUCCCCAUCCCACACAUGCUCAAACACCCACACGACAAACGCCUCCACAACAACCCUUCGCUCCUCAAACCCCGCGUCAUCAUCGAAACCAACCCGCCCAGGGCCAUCGAGCCCACACGCAUCGGCUUCGCCUGCACCGACGCCCGCCCGGGCGACCUGCUGUGCCAGUUCUCCGGCCUGGACGUCACGCUGAUCGCGCGGCGCCGGGGGUCGGGGAAUGAACUGGCCCUGGUGGGCCUGGGGAAAAUGUGCACGCACCAGGGACUCAAGGAGAGGAGCGUGCAUCCGGCGUGCAGGACGGGCGACGCCGGUCAGGGGAAGUGGUCGGGCGUGCCACUGCAGGUGGUCGCUGCAGGUGGCGUGCAACAUGGGGAUCAAGGGGAUCGUACGGGUAUGGCUAUUCUUGCAGGGGGGAACCCGGAUGGUUGGUCCAUCAUGGUGGAUCCUAUUGGGCUCUGGGAGGUCUUGAGACGUAGUUAG